ACAGCAUUCUUAGCUCGCGAGCGGCGGUUAUCCCAACUAUGCGAUACUUAGUAUUAUUCACAGUUCUGGCGGUGGCGUCAGCCGCGCCGAAGCCCGGAGGCCUUAUCGGCGGCUACGGCCUGGGCGGCUACGGCCUGGGUGGCUACGGAUUGGGUGGCUAUGGACUGGGGGGCCUCGGGCUUGGACAUGGAGUGUCAUCAGUAAGCCUAGUGCAGCAACCGGUAGCGGUGGCUCAACCAGUAGUGCACGCCGCGCCGGUAGUGCAGGCCGCGCCUGUAGUCCACGCCCCUGUAGCCAUAGCCAAACCUGCUGCCACCAGCUACUCCUCAUUCCAACAGGUCGUCCACCCAGUCUCCAUCGCCCAGCCAGUGGUCCACGCCGCCCCCGUCAUAUCCCAGCCCAUCGUGCACGCCCCCAUCGCACAGCCCAUCGUGCAGUCCAUCGCACAGCCGAUCGUGCAAUCGUACCAUGCGCCGGUCGCGUCCGUAGGGUACGGACACGGGUGGUAACAGUCCUAGGUAGACUCAUGCGUCGAGAUCGUUAGUGGCAAUAAAGAUUUGUACCCUGG